AGGGAGGAGGGAGUGAGGGUGGGGAGGCUGCAGCCCACCAGCAUCCCCAGGGCCCCUUGCCUGCCUCGCUCCUGCUGCUCGCUGCUGCUGUGGCUCAAUACCAGAGACUCCUGGCUGGGAUCACAACCCUGCGAGUCAGCCCAGAGAAGAUCUGCUUUGUGUGGUGCCUCCCAGUCUGUUCUCCUGUUUAGUCCUACUCUGUCUCAGUCUGCACUGACAACUCUCUGAGCUGCCCCUCCGCAAUCUCCAUCAUCAUGGCAGUGGUUGUGGGUUCCGCUCCAUGGGCAGCCCCACUGGCCCUGGUUCUACUUGCAAUCACCCUGGCAGUGCCAGCCCUGGGAGGGUGCCCAUCCGCCUGCCGGUGCUCCUUCGCCAUGCUGCAGUGCCUGGAGCCCAAUGGCAUUGCCACUAUACCCGCGUUGGCACUACAGGAGAGCGAGAACGUCACGGAAAUUUACAUCGAAAAUCAAGGCGACCUGGAGAACAUUACAGAAGUAGACCUUGCCAAUUAUAGAGAGUUGAAGAAUCUCACGGUCACGUUCUGCAGGCUGGCGUACAUCUCGGCUAAUGCUUUCCAACACAACCUCAAGCUCCAAUAUGUAAACCUGGCUUCUAACUCCCUGGAGCAUAUCAGUUGGAAGGUGUUCCAUUUUCUUCCCCUGCUCAACCUGGUUUUGAGGGACAACCCCCUUGAGUGCUCCUGUGAUAUCCAUUGGUUGCAGCAAUGGCAGCUUAACGACCACAGUGACCUCGACAACCAACCGCUACAAUGCUUCUCCAAUGGCCAUGCCCUACGGUUGGACUCCUUAGAGAUGGAGAAUUGCACUGUACCGGAUGUCGCCAUUGUCCAUGCCAACACCAAGGUCCAGGAGGGUGGCAACCUGACAUUUGUGUGUCAGGUGACAGGAGUGCCCAUGCCUGUAGUGAGGUGGCGCACGAAUAAACUACUGUCUCGCUAUACUGUACAGGAGAGGUUCUGGGGCUCCACUUUGGAGCUGGAGCUGCAGCUGUGGAAUAUGUCCUCAGAAGACAACCUGCACAACUUGACCUGUGAGGCAGAGAACCGGGCCGGGCCUGGGGAAGAGAAAGUGACGUUGGACAUUGAAUUUCCAUCCAAAAUCAUAUUCCUGCACAACGCCGAGCCACAGCACCACUGGUGUUUCCCCUUUAAGGUGGACGGGAACCCUGAGCCAUCCAUCCGCUGGCUUUUCAACGGCUUUAACCUGACCGAGGGCCGUUACACCUACACACAGUUCAUUCCCGACUCGGACGACGGCUCUGUGAAGCACGGUUGUCUAUUUCUCAACAAGCCCACCCACCUGAACAACGGCCUCUACACCAUCAUCGUGGGGAACAGACUGGGCGUGGACCAAGCCACGGCCACAGGGAUGUUCAUGGACAACCCCUUUGACCCCUUUGAUCCUGAGGGCAUCAUCCCAGUCCUUGAAGAAAGUGAUCCAGUUCCCACCAACAAAUCUAAUGAGGAUGUCACUGAGAACACGGAGAGCAGAGUGUUUGGGGUGUCGGUGGCAGUGGGCCUGGCUGUGUUUGCUUGCGCCUUCCUCCUCAUUAUGGUACUGGUCAUCAACAAGUGCGGCCAGCAGUCCAAGUUUGGUAUUCACCGUUCAUCUGUCUUGGGAACAGAGGAGGAUCUUGCUGUGUCACUGCGUUUCCUGAACUUUGGGGCCAGCCCUCCUUCCUCUGACGACUCUGGCAUGUCCAGCUUUGUGGAGAACCCCCAGUACUUCUGUGGCAUCUUCAAAGACAAAGACAUGUGUGUGCAGCACAUCAAAAGACAGGAUGUAGUUCUGAAGUGGGAAUUGGGUGAGGGGGCGUUUGGCAAAGUCUACCUGGCAGAGUGUGCCAACCUCAGUCCGGACAGUGACAAAAUGCUGGUGGCCAUAAAGACUCUGAAGGAUGCCAAUGAGUCGACCCGGCAGGACUUCCAGAGAGAGGCUGAGCUGCUCACAGUGCUCCAGCACCAGAACAUUGUUCGCUUCUAUGGAGUGUGUACAGACGGAGAGCCACUGGCGAUGGUGUUUGAAUACAUGAGACAUGGAGACCUCAACCGCUUCCUCAGGGCGCACGGUCCAGAUGCCCAUAUCCUGGAGGAGGUGAAGAUGCCCCCGUUGGGCCAGCUCACUCUUCCCCAGAUGCUGCACAUCGCCGCCCAGAUCGCUUCGGGCAUGGUUUACCUGGCCUCCCUUCACUUCGUGCACCGGGACCUGGCCACACGCAACUGCCUGGUGGGAGAUAUGGGAGAGGGUCUGAUGGUCAAGAUAGGAGACUUUGGCAUGUCCCGGGACAUCUACAGCACAGACUACUACAGGGUAAAGGUGGGUGGGCGCACGAUGCUUCCUAUUCGCUGGAUGCCCCCGGAGAGCAUCAUGUACAGGAAGUUCACCACGGAGAGUGAUAUCUGGAGCUUUGGAGUGGUCCUCUGGGAGAUCUUCACCUAUGGGAAACAGCCCUGGUACCAGCUCUCCAACAGUGAGGCUAUCGAGUGCAUUACACAGGGCCGGGAGCUGGAGAGACCACGCACUUGCCCCAAAGAGGUACACGGCCUGAUGCAGGGUUGCUGGCAAAGGGAACCCCAGCAGAGGCUGGUCAUCAAGGACAUCCACAGCCGCCUCCUUGCCCUUGUCAAGAGCCCCCCUAUCUACCUGGACAUCCUGGGGUAGAGGCUUGGAGGUCUGGGGCUGGGGCAGUGUCCAGGCAAGGGGAAGUAGGGGAACUUACGGUCAGGGAUGAUGGGUAUUGGGAAGGGGUGGGAGUUAGGUAAAGGACUGUGCGAUGGCAAUCCUGAACCUAAGCAUUGCAGUCAUUUACCCCUAUGUGUCUUAAACACACCGACACACCCUCUGAUUGCAUAUUUGCUCAGGUCAGACAGACUUAGCUAGGAUCUGGUCUGAUAAGGACCAUUGUGUUGGAAAGGGAGUAGGGUGAAGUUGCUCCUAGGUGCUGAUAUUGGGUAUUUUUGGGCCACUAAUGGUUACAGAUAGGAUUGGGGGAGGGGAAGCUGAUCCCAGAUCUGUGCCUCAGAGAAACUUUACCCUGAAGCGAUGGGAAGACUAUGAAGAUGGGGGUUACUUCCUACUUCCUGGUCACUGUUUCUUAACCCUAAAGCUGGACAUACUGUACGGACACUGGCAACAUCCAUGCUGCUUCAGCUUUGCCUACUACCCCAGCUCGCCUCGUCUCAUGACGACCCAGCCCUAACUCCGUGUGCCGCUGACUGGGAGCGGGAGGAAAAGGAUGAGCCAGCGAUGACCUGUCAAGUGUUUACUGUGAGUGUUUUAUUGUGUGACUGAAUGGGUGUUGUCCUGAUGAAGGGUUUUGCAUGAUUGGAGGAAUGCAGACUAUACAGUGCCUUUGGGAAUGUUUUCAGACCUCUUGACUUUUUCCACAUUUUGUUACGUUACAGCCUUACUCUAAAAUUGAUUAAAUAAUUUCCCCCCUCAUCAAUCUACACACAAUAGCCCAUAAUGACAAAGCAAAAAUAGUUUAACAUUUUUCUUCUGCAAAUUUAUUACAAAUAAAAAACUGUAAUAAACAUUUGCAUAAGUAUACAGACUCUUUACUCAGUACUUUGUUGAAGCACCUUUGGCAGCAAUUACAGCAUUGAGUCUUCUUUAGUGUGAUGCUACAAGCAUGGCACACCUGUAUUUGGGGAGUUUCUCCCAUUCUUCUUUGCAGAUCCUCUCAAGCUUUGUCAGGUUGGAUGGGGAGCAUUGCUGCACGGCUAUUUUCAGGUCUCUCCAGAGAUGUUCGAUUGGGUUCAAGUCCGGGCUCACAAGGACAUUCAGAGACUUGUUCCGAAGCCACUUCUGCGUUGUCUUGGCUGUGUGCUUAGGGUUGUUGUCCUGUUGGAAGGUGAACCUUCGCUCCAGUCUGAGGUCCUGAGCGCUCUGGAGCAGGUUUUCAUCAAGGAUCCCAUUGUACUUUGCUCCGUUCAUCUUUGCCUCGAUCCUGACUAGUCUCCCAGUCCCUGCCACUGAAAAACAUCCCCACAGCAGGAUACUGCCACCACCAACAUGCUUCACCAUAGGAAUGGUGCCAGGUUUCCUCCAUAUGUGACGCUUGGCAUUCAGGCCAAAGAGUUCAAUCUUGGUUUCAUCUGACCAGAUAAUCUUGUUUGUCAUGUUCUGAGAGUCCUUUAGGUGCCUUUUGCAAACUCCAAGGGGGCUGUCAUGUGCCUUUUACUGAGGAGUGGCUUCCUACUGUCCACUCUACCAUAAAGGCCUGAUUGGUGGAGUGCUGCAGAGAUGGUUGUCCUUUUGGAAGUUUCUCCCAUCUCCACAGAAGAACUCUUGAGGUCUGUCAGAGUGACCAUUGGGUUCUUGGUCACCUCCCUGACCAAGGCCCUUCUCCCUCGAUUGCUCAGUUUGGCCGGACGGCCAGCUCUAGGAAGAGUCUUGGUGGUUCCAAACUUCUUCCAUUUAAGAAUGAUGGAGGCCACUGUGUUUUUAGGGACCUCCAAAUGUGUAGAAAUGUUUUGGUACCCUUCCCCAGAUCUGUGCCUCAACAAAAUCCUGUCUCUGAGUUCUACGGACAAUUCCUUCAACUUCAUGGCUUGGUUUUUGCUCUGACAUGCAUUGUCAACUGUGGGACCUUAUAUAGACAGGUGUGUGCCUUUCCAAAUCAUGUCCAAUCAAUUUAAUUUACCACAGGUGGACUCCAAUCAAGUUGUAGAAACAUCUCAAGAAUGUUCAAUGGAAACCGGAUGCACCUGAGCUCAAUUUCGAGUCUCAUAGCAAAGGACCUGAAUAUUUACGUAAAAACAGGCAUUUCUGUUUUUAUAUUUUAAUACAUUUGCUAAAAUGUAGAAAAGAAAAAAAAAAGUGCUUUGUCAUUGUGGGGUAUUGUGUGUAGACUGCUGAGGAUUUUUAUUUAUUUAAUCCAUUUUAGAAUAAGGCUGUAAUGUAACAAAAUGUGGAAAAAGUCAAGGGGUCUGAAUACUUUCUGGGAUUUACUGUUGCCUGGGAACAUGGGAAGUUGAAUUACUUUAGUGAAGUUUAAGGGGCUCAGUGAUUUUCAAGCCCAAGCAUACUUUUCAUAGGUGAAAUUUCAAACAUCUACAAUUUUGAUAAUAACAGCUUUACCAUUAUGUUCAAGAUGUAUUGGAACAGUGAGACGCCAUCUUUCCAUUUUCAAGCUGUGUGAUAUAAUCAGCAGGAGUGAAAAUAUAGAGAAACCUAUUGUGCCAAGUCAAUUGCACUAAUCAGAAAGCUUUCUAUUGUUAGGCAGUUAUAUCAGAUCCUUCAUUUUUCAUAUGCAUAGCCCAGACCAUAGUAAAGAAACUGCAUACAAAGUUUGUGUUCUUCAUGGCUAUCACUUGCAGUGCAUUGGGAUAUCAAUUAUCAAUUAGCAUUUUGGAAUAUGAACUAACAGUAAAUGGUCAUUAAGGGAGAUGCUCCUUAUCAAUAUAAUCAUCUGGAUUGAAAAUGUCUGAAUACAGUAAUGUGUGUGUGUGUGUGUGUGUGUGUGUGUGUGUGUGUGUGUGUGUGUGUGUGUGUGUGUGUGUGUGUGUGUGUGUGUGUGUGUGUGUGUGCAAUGGUAAGUUUUACCAGACGUCGUCUACUGUUGAUAUUGUUCACUACAGUUGUUUAUAGCUAAUGGAAUACAGUACAAUGUUUUGCCUUUCUCCGCCUACUCAUUCUAAUCCGAAUGUACAUCAUUAUAUUUACAAACAUUUUAGUAGAGUUGUACAGUUAUUCUUUUGACUUAUUCAUUAUUUAUCUAAUGUAUUACUCUGUUUAAAAUGUUUUACUGUAUAUGAAAUCAUUUUCUGUCAGAGGACAAAACAAUGACGACUAAUUGUAAAAUAGGAAUAUUUUUGAAAAAACAGCGUGGGAACUUCUAUUAAAGGCCAGGAAGGUGUUUUUCCUGACAUACAAUUCUUACUUUUUUUUUGCUUUUAAAUACUGUAUAAUGAUUUCUCUGUCCAAGGCCAGUGAGUAUACUCCAAAUACAAAAAUGUGUAUGCAGUGCAAGACUAUAGCUCAUAGGUUCAGGUACAGAUACAUAGCUUUCAUAGGAAAUAGCCAUGUUAACAUGCCUCAUAGUGACCCCAAAGCAUUUAACAUCAGCCUUUAACAUCAAAGCUAGCUGCUGAAAUCCAGUAAGGGACAAGAUGGUUGAGAGAGAUACAGUGAAAUGGUUUCACAUGUAACAGAUGGAUAACAAUGAUCGAAACUUCAGGAGGAGAGUGACAGAUGGAAUUGAAAUAGAGACCGUGACACAACAAGGUCUACUUUCCCUUUUAACCUUUCACCUUGAAAAUAAAAGCAGACAUUUUACAAGACUAGUAAAACAAUUUGGACGCCUUUGAAUGUGAAUAUGUACAUAUACUUUAUUGAUGUAAAAAAAAAUGGUAAUGUUCAAAUAUUGUCACCCCAACACUUUGUAUAUCGUCUGCCCAUGAAUAAAACAACCAUUUGGUUCAAGGA